CUCGCUGUAUUAUGCAGCUGAUGUGUGCAGUGUGUAUUCAUGUAGGUAUAUUUUCUCUGUAAUGUCUUCUUUAGUUAACAUAGAUAACUGUAUAUGAAAAAGUAAAUAAGGAUGGGAAUAUAGGAAAGCUAUCAGCAUAAUUACGAUAUCACACGUUUACGUCAAGACGUGAGACGUGAGCUUAGAAGCCGCGUAAACAUGGCCACAGACCACAGAAUCGAAACGAGCGGUUGAUGUUCUUUAACCCGCGUAGUGCGUUUAUUAAUGAAUAUGCGUGACGACAGUAAUCUUCUUACUAUACGGAGAUCAAUGUAUCAUCGGUGAAGAUGAGCGAGAGAAAGUUUACCCGUGGCCUAGGUAAGCCGGGAAUGGCUGCUCAAUUGCGAGAGACUGUCUCUCAGGUAGUACGUGAGAGUACCGUUCAGAGUAAACCACAUCUAGUACAACCUAUAGAUUUUGAAAGUUUUGUAUUAAAAAAUAAAACUUUGUUACAAAAUGAUCCUCAAAGAGAACUGUUGAUAUAUCCUCAGGAUGAUGUUUCACAAGUGGUACUGCCCAGAAGAUAUCGUACUCUUGUACCAACGGUGCCACAAAUUGCAGAAAAUGAAGAAAAAGCAGAGAAUCUUCUUACGAAAGAAUGUUUACGAAGUUACACAUCUAAUUGGAAUCUUAUACAUUAUAAAUAUUCAGCAUAUAGUGGAACUUAUCUUGAAUUACCUAAAAUAUCAAAAUCAGAUGACCUGAAAGAUGAAGUGUAUGAAAUUGAUACUGAAGUAGACCAGGUGGACGAGGAGCUAACAAAAAGUAAUGGAAUAACGAAAGAAGGGUAUUUAAUGAAAGGACCAGAAAUUGGUAGCACCGAUCGCAUGUUUGCACAUAUUGGUUCGAAAUCGUUUAAAAGAAGAUUUUGUCAUCUCCGGCAAGAGGUUGAUGGCACGUACAUUCUUGAAUUUUUCAAGGAUGAAAAAAAGGGAGAAGCUAAGUUGACGAUAGUUAUGGAUUUUUGCACUGAAGUUGUUAGGAUUCCUAAGCGUGGAAGAUUUUGUUUCGAAUUAAGGAUGAGUGGGACUCAUAAAUCCUAUACUUUAGCGGCGGAUAAUGAAACAGACAUGCAAGAUUGGUUGUUAAAAUUGAGCUCAGUGUUGCAGCAUUACAAACAACAAGAAGAGAAACGUGCCGCUUCGUUAGAAAGAGCGUGCAACACACCACCCCCUUCCCCUCAACCAAUGCAGGUUUACGGGACACUGAAAGGUUUGGAGCAAAGUAUGAAUCCACAAUUGAUAAAGUAUUCCAGGGAAACUGAUACUAGCAUAGCAUUGACAAGACGAGAAAAUCGUAAACGACUGUUUAGUAUUUAUCCUCAUAUUCCGCAUACUAAACAUCAGUCAGGCAAUUGUAAUGAACAAAAUAUUGAUCCGUAUAAAGAACAGUUUGGACAAAGAAUUUUUGUAAAAUGUGAAAGUCUUAAAUUUAGAUUACAAGCGCCGAUAGAUGAGAAGGAAUCAUUGUGUCAGGUAGAACCAUAUCAGACAACACUAAGUCUUUAUGAUGCAAGAAAUGGUAGAAAGCUUAGCGAGAAUUUUCAUUUUGAUGUUAAUCAUGAGAUUGUUCGAGAUAUAAUAAAAGAAAUGAGUCCCGUAGGUAUUUUGACUGAAUCUGCAAAAGAAGAAAAUGUGAAAUUACCGGAUGAUUUGAAGAAUAUACCAUUAGAAUGGAUUAAAUAUCCAAAACAGGCUAUAUUCAGCGUUACUAAUCCUCAUCCUGAUAUAUUCUUGGUUGUGAGAAUAGAUAAAAUAUUACAAGGAAAUAUAUGCCAAACUUCUGAGCCAUAUUUAAGAGCUACUAAAGAUCCAAGAUUAGGUUUGAAAAUACAUAAACAAGUUAGAACAUGUUGCCAAAGAUUGGGAAAUUAUAGAAUGCCGUUCGCUUGGGCUGCUAGGCCGUUAUUUAGAUUAUACAGUAGCGAGUUAGAUACGUCAUCCGAUUUUCCAGCUAUAUAUAGGCAGGAAGGAAAUAAGAUAAAAGAUGAGGAGCUACUCAAAGUUUUGUCAGAGUAUAGAAAGCCUGAUAAGCUUAGUAAACUGACUGUGAUACCUGGUUGGUUGAAGAUAAAAAUUGAGUCAAUUACAGAUUUGCCUGAUAAUACAUUAUCUACAUCUUUGUCAGCUUUAAAGCCUUUUCCAUUGCCACCAACAUCCGAACCAACCCUUGAAAUUGCAGAAUUUGAAAAUAUUUCUGAAAAAGAUGUCCAUCCAUACACUACUUACAUUAAUCAUCUCUAUGUGUAUCCACAAACUCUCUGUUUUGAUACUCAGAAGAUAUUUACCAGAGCUAGAAAUAUUGCGUGUGUUGUUGAAUUACGAGAUGAUGACAGUGAAGAUGCAACACCUAUAAGGUGUAUAUAUGGAAAACCCGGUGCUCCACUUUUAUGCUUACGAGCAUCAUGCGCGGUGCUUCAUCAUAAUGCGACUCCUUCCUGGUACGAAGAAAUUAAGAUACGUUUGCCAACCAAACUUCAUUCUAAGCAUCACUUGCUCUUUACUUUUUAUCAUAUAAGUUGCGAUAUGAAUAAAAAAAAGGAGAAUGGUGUUGAAAAUUGUGUUGGGUAUGCUUGGUCGCCCUUAGUCCACAAAGGAAGAUUAAAUGUGGAUAUGGAUAUGAAUGUACAAACAUUGCCUGUAGCAACUCAUUUACCCUCAGGGUAUCUUUCUAUACAACCUCUUGGCCUUGGAAAAGGGAAUGCGGGUCCGGAGAUUCUAUGGAUAGAUUCUCAACGGCCAGUGUUUACAGUAGCACUUCAGUUGAUUUCGACUGUUUUUACGCGCGAUGUACACUUGCACAACUUAUUUGCUCACAUAGAACGUGUACUAGAUACGAAACUAGCUGCGGUACCGGCUGAUUCGGAAACAUGCAAAAUAUUAAAAGCCGCUCACGCGGUACAACUAGUUACUGUUAUCACGUUUCUUCCUACUAUUCUGAAUCAACUGUUUACAUUGAUAACUCAUACUACGAACGAAGAAGUUGCAUUAUAUACUAUAAGAGUCUUAAUUCAUUUCAUAAAUAUGGUGCAUGAAGCUGGCAGAAAAGACACGCUUCAAGCUUAUAUAAAGUUUGUGUUUGUACCUCCUUCUCAAGGGAACGGUAAUGUAACUGUUCAUGAACAGCUAGCGAAACAUCUCCCUACGUUAUUGCAGCCAAGUAAUACCGAUUUUCUGGUAGUCAAUAAAUUUAUGCAUCACUCCAGUUUUUUUUUCGAAAUAAUGAUUAAAAGUAUGGCACAACAUUUACUAACAACAGGGAGAAUAAAGAUGCAUAGGAAUGAAAGAUUCUCGAAAGAGUAUCAUGAAAAGAUCCGAGGUUUAGUAGAAGUUAUUAUGCCUUAUAUUAUGAAUAAAUAUAAAGAAAUGCCUAUCGAAACUCAUGAAUUGAACAAAAGCUUCGCACAAUUUUUAAAGCGAUGUCUUACAUUUAUGGAUCGUGGAUUCGUUUUCAAUUUAAUCAAUUUAUACAUGGAUAACUUUGCUCCUGGUGAUUCACGCACACUACAUGAUUUUAAGUUUACGUUCCUGCAAAUAAUUUGUUCGCACGAACAUUACGUGUCUUUCAAUUUGCCAAUGAUGCAGUCUCGAAUUACUUCUAAAGAUUUAAUCAAUGAGUAUUGUUUGUCGCAAGAAUUCUGCAAACAUCAUUUCUUAGCUGGCCUCUUGAUGCAAGAAGUUAGAAUGUCUUUAAAUGAAAUUGUACAAAUUCGUAAAGUAGCCGUAGCCACAUUACGGGAUUUAAUGGCUAAACAUGAGCUUGAUGAUAGGUAUCAAAAUAAGGGCCAGUUAAGCAGAAUAGCUUCUAUUUAUAUACCGUGGUUGGGUAUCGUAUUGGAGAAUUUACAUCGAUUGCAAUCUACCCAUGAUGACAAUAAAACAGAAAUUAAAGAAAAUGGUAUUAACAGGAUAUCAACCAGCAGUUCAUUUUUAGCAAAUAAAGAUACUGUUAGUAAUAAUUCUGUGACCACUGGAACUCCGAAGUCGAUUCAUAGACUCACAUUGCAUUUGGAUACAUCAUCUCCAAUAAGAGCAUCUAUGCACCUACGAGACUCCACAUACUUCGCAGCCAUAGCGGGCCAUGGUUUGGUUAACGGAUAUUCGUGUACUAGUAUUGAAUCAGACGCAUCGACAAUAUCUGGUGCUUCUCAGUCUAAUAUAUCUCAAGAGACUACCAUUAUUCGCGACCACAUCGAAAACGGUACCGACGAGAAAAAGAGACAUUCUCGUUCUCUGAGCGUUACGCAAUCUUCGCCGAGGUGCGAUAAGUUCCAAUCAUCGGAAGUUAAGGAUAUUUUACUUUGUUUUCUAUUUGUGGUAAAAUAUUUGGGAGAUCAUCAAGUCAUCGCAUGGUGGCAACAGUGCAGUGAUUAUGAAAUUCUAAGCUUCUUUACAGUGAUAGAAAUGAGCCUUCAUCACUUCAAAUAUGCCGGAAAAAGACAAAUAGCUACGCAUACGGGAAGUUCUGGAAAACCGCGAACGAUAAAAGCAAUGACAUUACCGGCCAGAAUGCAGCCUCCUGAUUUUUCGAACGAAGGACCGGCUACCAGCACCUUGCAACCACAUAAUAGUGCGGCAAGAGAGAACCUUGUUGAAAGUGAUACCGAAAAAAUACAACAAGCUUUAUUAGAAGCUAAUAUGGCUACGGAAGUUGGUCUCAUCGCAUUGGAUUGUUUAGGAUUAUUUUGUAUUCAUUUUAAGGACAUACUUUUAACAGAAAAUGGGGAUAAUCCAAUAAUGCAGAAAGUAUUUAGUAUAUAUCUGUCGUUUUUACAAGUUGGACAGUCCGAAAGUUUACUACGACAUGUUUUCGCCAGUUUAAGAGCUUUUUUAAAUAAUUAUUCCACGAUUCUUUUUCAAGGAAGCGCAGUUUUAUGUGGCCGAUUAUGUUACGAAUUAUUACGCUGCUGCAACAGUAAAUUGAGUUCCAUCAGACAGGAGUCAUGUGCUUUGCUUUAUCUUCUUAUGAGAAGUAAUUUUGAAUUUACUAGCAGAAAAGGAUUAACCAGAGUCCAUUUACAAGUAAUAAUAUCUGUUUCGCAAAUGCUUGGAAACGUCAUUGGUUUAAAUAAUUCGAGAUUUCAAGAGUCCCUGUCGUUGAUAAAUAGUUAUGCUUCAUCUGACAAAGUGAUGAAAGGUACCGGUUUUCCAGUCGAAGUUAAAGAUCUUAACAAAAGAAUUAGAACUGUUUUGAUGGCGACGGCUCAAAUGAGAGAACAUAACAAUGAUCCUGAAAUGUUGGUAGACUUACAACAUAGUUUAGCCAAUUCUUAUGCCAGUACGCCAGAAUUGAGACAUACAUGGUUGGAUACCAUGGCUAGAAAUCAUGUAAGGGAAGGAAAUUUCUCGGAGGCUGCUUGUUGUCAAUUACAUAUUGCCGCGUUAAUGGCUGAAUACUUAAAAUUGAGGAAAGUUCACGCAUGGGGUGCAGAAGCUUUUGACAAGAUUUCUGAGAACAUUUCCAGAGAUGAAUGUAGUCUCAAGCUCGAUGCUGGUGAGAUUUGGGUUCAAGAUAUUCAUUACAACGAAUGCAUACUUCUCGAGCAGUUAGAAAUUUGUGCCGAGAUGCUAGAAAAAGCAGAACGAUUCGAACUUCUUGGGCACUUGUAUAGAUUAAUAGUUCCUAUGUAUGAAAAGAAACGAAAUUACGAAGCUCUGGCUAACUGUUAUUCGCAUUUGGCGCAAGCUUGUAAUAAAAUUGUUGAAGUUACAAAAUCCGGUAAACGACUUCUCGGAAGGUUUUAUAGAGUUGCUUUCUUUGGCACGGCGUACUUCGAGGAUGAAAAUGGACAAGAAUAUAUCUACAAAGAACCGAAAAUUACAUCUCUAUCAGAAAUUUCAGAACGCCUUCAUCGUUUAUAUUCUGAGAAAUUUGGCUCGGAAAAUGUUAAAAUGAUAAUGGAUUCCGUGCCUAUCGAUACAACUGAACUCGAUCCAAAAAUAGCUCACAUUCAAGUAACGCAUGUUACACCUUACUUCGAGAAAUUUGAACUGGAAACACGGCUAACAGAGUUUGAACAGAAUCAUAACGUAUCAUGUUUUAUGUUUGAAACACCAUUUACUAAGGAAGGGAAAGCUAGAGGUAGCCCAGAAGAACAAUGGAAACGUAGAACUAUUCUUACAACACAAUAUUCUUUCCCGUACAUCAAAAAGCGCAUUUUAGUUGUCGAAAAGCGAGUAAUGGAGUUAAGUCCAAUCGAAGUUGCUUUAGACGAAAUGCGUCAGCGUGUUCAAGAGUUAGAAGAUGUGGCUCUUGUAGGUCCAACGGAUGUGAAAAAAUUACAAUUAAGGCUACAAGGAAGUAUAUGCGUUACAGUAAAUGCUGGACCACUCGCGUAUGCCUCCGCAUUUCUGGACCCUGCAUUAUCUCCCCAUUAUCCAGACGAUAAAGUGGAAGAACUGAAAGACGUAUUUAGGGAGUUUGUUAAAAUAUGUUAUACGGCUCUACAAAUAAACAGCAAAUUGAUUACAUCUGACCAGCAAGAAUAUCAAGAAGUAUUACGCGAGAAUUAUCAGAAACUUUGUCAAAAUUUAUCGUCCUUGCUCGGAGAACCCAUUUGGCCUGACGAGCAAGUCGGCAAUUUCAAACGUAACAGUGCUGCUUUAUUUAGUGCUAUCAGCGGUGCUAACAGUCACACAAGUACAGCCUAAGUUUAAAGAUCACACCAUUGAAGCCCAUUUAUGUCAAACUGAGUUCUUAAUACAUUUUAUGUAUAAAUGAUACUAUCUUUAAUAGUAUCAUUCAAAUAUGGAGCAUUUAUAUAAGAGUUUUUCUACAUAACUAUGAAGACGGAGGACCAUCUAUAUAGAUUGGGAUAAAUGUCAAUUUAUAUUUCCUUGGCAUCAGCUUAGAGAUAUUUCUAUUAUGAAUGAUGAAUUAACGUACAUUGUCAUUAUAAUCACAAGUAAGUACAUUGUAUAUUUAUGUAUAUAAGAAAAUUAGACAUUCAAAUUUCUUUUUCUAAAAGUUUCAAUUUGUGUAUAAGAAAA